AUGGGUCGGAAGCCGAAUCAGGUCAUUGCCUCUUACUUCCACCGCGGCCCCAAACUCGCCGACAACAGCAAUCGAUACCCCCACACCUGUAAGCUUUGCGGUGAGGAUUUUCCCAAGGGCAGAAUCGAUAGCCUUACGAGCCACAUAACCAAACCCGGAAAAUGUCCUGCCAUAUCCGAGAGCGCCCGGAUACAGGCUUGCCUGGCCCUACAUAGCAUUCCGAAUCCGGCUGCUCUGCAGCGGAAACAUGGCGCCCGAGCUGGUGAGAAUGGUGCCAGCCCCGCCGAUGCCUCCAUGACCGCCAACUGGAGUGCGCUCGAGGCCCUCGCGGAAGCGUCGAGACGAGUCAACAUGAGCGAGAAGCACGACAACCGAGACCACGAGUCGAGUCCAGUUACGCCGUCCCCUUCACAUUACAUGGUUGGCGCCCAGUUUACCUUGGACAAUCCUCCCACCAGUUACGGGAACCCCACGCAAGCAAUCAGAGCUGUUGGUGGGGCACCGCCUGAGGGAGAAGGCUCCUCGGAAGCGCGGCAGGACGCGGCACAAGAACCGAGCCCUACCGAUGCUGCCCAUAUCUCCCUCCCUCUUCCUGGCCCUCCUGAAGCCAGCAUUGACUCGACAAACCUCUCGGUUGCCGCCGCUGCGGCUGCACGGCUACACCCGUCUUUUCUUGACCCCCAGCUUAUUGCUGAGGAGGUUACAGCCUCUCUUGCCCCAACUACCGAACCGAGCCAUGCCAUAACCGACCCCCUGCCACCUCAGAAUGCCUCGAGCCCCCCAUGGGGUGAGAUAACAUACUUGGCUACUAGCCCUACGGCGGUAGCACAUCACCACCACGAGGCUCUUCAGGCCCCUGUGCCGCUGCAGAAGGGUGGUGUUAGGAUGGACACGGGCGACGGCUCGGCGAAUGGUCGACCCCGCCACUCUAGAGCCAGGUUCGACCCUACUCGGCGGAAGGAAGUCCAAGAAGUCCGUAAGAUUGGGGCUUGUAUACGGUGCCGGAUCCUUCGCAAGAACUGCGGCAAGGGGAACCCGUGCGAUACCUGCCGCAAAGUCCUCUCUCCCCGCGUGUGGCGCUCCGGCUGUGUUCGGACCCGCCUUCAUGAGCAACUAGACUUGUACUCGGCUGGCGUGCAGGUGGUUCUGGCCCAGAGGAGAUACAACCUCUUGAAGUCAUCCUUGCGAAUAGCGAAUACCGGUACUAUUGUGGAAGCGUCUCAGUUUCCCGACACUGGCCACCAUAUACUGUUGCCGGUGUUCCAGACCUUGGUUACACCGCCGUCUUCUCCGCCACCCGAGAGCGCAGAAACAGAAACGAAGACACGCUCGGUAAUGAUUGAUUGCGAGGCCGAGGACAUCCCCAACGUUAUUGAGGGUUACAUGCGGCAGGUGUUGCCCGUCCUUAUUGAGCGUGAGCCGUCCCACUUUGUUCGCGUAUUGCUCGAAACAGCGGCGCAGUUGGUUGAGGAGCCCGGCGGUGAUCUUCUUCGACGGGCACUAGAAUUGUGGGGCCUUGUUGAAAUUAUCGACCGAGAACGCCAGUGGAAAUUGAUGGAGAAGCGUCCCGGUGAAGACAAUUCGGAGCCCAGAUACAUUAGAGAGACAUCUGAGAAACCGGAUCUGGACGUGUACACAAUCAUGUGCCUCCAGCUGAAUGCCGCCGCCGAGAGGAAAGCAAACGCCACCUCGAUGACCCUUCUAAACGGGAUGCAACGAAUCCUCCAAGACAGCAAGAUCAAGAUCGGAUUUCCCAUGUUCAUCACUGCGCUCGUCUUCCUGAAUUGCGUGGAGAAGAGCACGUGGAGUUUUAAAGCCUGGGAACAGGAUGAAAUUCGCGUUGGGUGGCCGCUCGAACGCGAACCCGGAAGCUUUACGUCCCAGGGAGAGACCUUGGCGAGUCUUUUGCGGCUGUUGUUGAUCAUUCGCCGAGUGCUGCCGCCGACUGAGCGUGCCGAGAGCGGAAAGUUGAUUUUAUGUAACGAGGCAGACCCAGUGACUGCCGCUUUCUUCCAUAAUUUGGAUCUGGACUUUGACGUUGUCCAGUCUCGAAGGGAUAAGCCGGAGUUCGACCCUGGAGACUCCCGCUCGUUAGAACUGGCCUUCUGUUCUCAUUUACUGCUGCCUAAGCCUGCGGUAUGA